GGCAUCCGCCUCCCGAGCCAAAGCAGCGAAGGGCGUCCUCGAAGCCAGCGCAGCCGAACGGACACGAGCCGAGAGGACUGGGCUCCUCUCUUCGGCUUAGAGGCAGUGCAUCUGGUGCUGGAUGCAGGCGCUGUGCAUGACGGCUUCACUAUCAAGUCGGCGAAGUUUCAAUUUCGGCGUGGGAUGGGCGAGGAGCUGCAUGGGCUACUCCCCAACCUCCUGGAGUGGGUCUUGCCAAAAUACAAGAACAAGGUUUUCUGUUGGGUGCAAGACCAUGUCAAUUCCUACAUGCACGGUUAUCCGAGUAAUCGGCAAGUGUUGAAUCACGUGCAGGUGUUACAGCCGGGCACGGAUGACGGAUGCCUGCUGGUGGGUGAGUUGGAGAUGGUGGAGAUGUCGAAGUCUCAGCUCGGAGACGACACGCCACCGCGCAGACACAGCCCACGAUCGGGUGUUGGGGAAGCUGGGGAGGAGAAGGAGGAGGAAGAAGAGGACGUCUUCAUGCAUCUAGAGAUGCGGCGCUUCUUCUUUCGGUGA